AUGCAUUUGAGAACUGGAUUAAUAUUUUUGAUCAUUUGCCUUGCUCUCCAAGUUCAGGGAAGCAGAGAAAUCCCUAAUAAAAUAAACCAUGGUGAAGCCAAACAACUUGCAGAUGCCUCAGGGUCAGAAAAAACAGAAAGAACAACAAAGAGGUCCAGAGUAUCAACCAUAAGGCGGAUAUUUGACAUGGCAAAACACCGAACAAAGAGAUCAUCCUUUUUCUCAACUGGUGUGAAAGUUUGCCCACAAGAAUCAGUGAAGCAGAUUUUAGCCAGUCACCAAGCUUACUACAGAUUAAGAGUCUGCCAGGAAGCUGUGUGGGAAGCCUUUCGUAUUUUUCUGGAUCGGAUUCCUGAUACUUCUGAAUAUCAGAACUGGGUUACUGCCUGCCAGAGGGAAACCUUCUGCAUAUUCGACAUUGGCAAAAACUUCAGCAAUUCCCAAGAGCACCUGGAAAUAAUCCAACGGCGAGUAAAACAUAGAACCUUCCAGGAAAGGAAAGAUGAAAUAUCCACAGAGAAAACAGGUGGGAAAAAGCUGGAAGACAUUCCUUCCAUUUCUACAGGCUCCCCUGGCACAUCCCUCUCUCCGUACGUACCGGUACCUAAUGGCACACUGCUCAACGAAAUCGUUAACGACACGAAGACUCCUGUGAAGGAGCUGGGAACAAAUACAGUCCCAGAACUGCCUGUGGAGCAAAUGGUAGAAUUCAGUGUCACUCUCACUGAUCAGGAGUACACAGCUGAACUUAAUGAUCCCAACUCCCCACAAUACCGACAACUAGCUGCCAAAUUUCAGCUACAGAUGCAAAAAAUAUUUGAGAAACUUCCAGGAUUCAAAGAAAUCCAUGUCUUAGGAUUUAAACAGAAGAAGGAGAAAGAUGGAUCAAGCAGCACUAUUGCACGAUAUGUGGUGAACUUUGAGAGAGAUGGCUCAGAAAUCAGAAGCACAGCAGAUGACAUCUCAACUAUUGGCUCCAAUAAAGUUGAAAACGAAAAAAUUCUACUUUCUCCAAAGGAAGAGAGGGAGAUAUCAGCAACUAAACUCACAGUAACAGACCUUCAGCAACUGGUUGCCAUAGCACUCCACGAAGACCAGUCCCUGCCAAUGGAUCUUGGAACACUUCAGUUUACUGAUGAAUCUAUUAUACCACCUAGUGAUUUUGAUAAUGAUAUCCAGGCCGUGGUCACUAUUCCUCUGGCAGGCCCUGAUUUGGAGGACUCCAUGAGUGUGGAACUCCCACUAGGUUACCCCAGCCCAGCAACAGUGGACCAAACAGGAGACAUCUUGGUCAAAGAAUUCACAACCGGUAUCCCUGUGCUAAGUGGAGAGAUCAGUGCCCCUGAAGACUUCAAUAAUUUUGUUUCAUCUGAACCUCUGUUCCCUACCAAACCCUCCAGAGAACCUUUUCAGGACAGAUCUCCUCCAGACACAGAAUAUACCACUACUGAUCACCAAAGUUUCACAGUGCCUUUCAAUGCCCUUGGUAGCACUAGCAGUCCUCCAAAACCAGAGGAUUCCUAUUUGCCUCCUCCAGCAGAUGAUUCUGCUAGCAACGACUUAAUCACCGACGGCUAUGAGUCUCCAAUGGAGCAGGCUACCACGCUGGCAAUUUACACCACAGGUAGCUUUACCCCGCCUAAUCUCCUGCAAACCAGAGAUGAGGACAGUGAAGCUGAGGAGAAGAAAGAACUGACUGAUACAACUGGACCACCUUUCAAGGAAGCUGACCAAGACAGUGUGUCUGGACAAGCAGUUAGGAUCAUGGAUGAACCAGAAUCAUCAGGCGAAGAAGUUUUAGUUACAGCCAGCACUUACAAAACAUUGCCUUUCUUCAUUGGUUCAAGUGAUCUCUCUACCACACAGCCCGAAGAUGUUAUUACAGACGUGCUACCAUCAGACCAAACAGCACCACUGCCUGCAGCAACCAGCCCAUCCUACAGCCACUCUGAGAUCAUCGAACAGUCCCUGGAAGUACCGGAUUCCUCAGUGCCUCCCGACGGCACCGGAACAGAAGUGCAGGAUAUUGCUGCCGAGUUAGAUCACGUCGGCGUGAUGAGCACAGCGGCGCUAGAUGAAGCGGAGCAUGGCAGCGGUUACAUCUCAGUGCUGACGGCUGAGCCGGCAGGAGCCACCCCAGCUACUACGCUGAAGUAUGUAACUACCAGCUCCAUGACAACCGCAGCCAAAGGCAAAGAGCUAGUGGUUUUCUUCAGCCUGAGGGUAACCAACAUGCACUUUUCUGAUGACCUCUUCAAUAGGAGCUCGACAGAAUACAAAGCACUAGAACAACAGUUCACGCAAUUGCUACUUCCAUACCUUCAGUCCAACCUGACAGGUUUUAAGCACCUGGAAAUACUUAACUUCAGGAAUGGAAGUGUGAUCGUGAAUAGCAAAAUGAAAUUUGCCAGGACAGUGCCAUACAAUAUCACGGAAGCAGUACACUGCGUUUUGGAAGAUUUCUGUGAUGCUGCAGCCCAGCACCUCAAUUUGGAGAUUGACAGCUACUCCCUGGAUAUUGAGCCAGCUGAUCAGGCAGACCCAUGCAAAUUCAUGGCAUGUGACGAGUUUUCCGAAUGCAUAACGAACGAGUGGACAAAAGAGGCUGACUGCCUUUGCAAACCCGGCUACGCCAGCCAAGACGGAUUACCCUGUCGGAGCCUGUGCGAGCUGGAACCGCAUCUGUGCGUCAACGGUGGGAAAUGCGAGCUAGUUCCAGGAAGAGGAGCUGUCUGCAGGUCACCAGACCAGUUUGCAAAGCCAAGACUGACAAGUUAG